UCAGCUGUGUCCAAUCACAGCUGAUCACAUGUAAACACGGAAAUGCCGAUGAUCAGUGUGGCCACAGAAGUGACACCUAUCAGUGCCAGUGCCGAUCAGUGCCAUAUGCCAGUGCCCAUCAGUGCAUACCAGUCCACAUUAAUGCCACAUAUUAGUGCCCAUCUGAGCUGCCUUUCAAUGUCACCUAUCGGUGCCAGUCAGUGCCGCCUAUCGGUACCAGUCAGUGCCGCCUAUCGGUGCCAGUCAGUGCCGCCUAUCAGUGCCAUAUAUCAGUGUUAUUUAUCAGUGUCAUGUAUCAGUGCUGCCUUUCAGUGCCCAUCAGUGAUGCCUGUCAAUGCCCAUCAGUGCAACCUACCAGUGCCUCCUCAUCAGUGCCACCUAUCA